GUUGCUUCCUUAAAAUCCCAUUUCCCCCCCUUCCCCAGCACCAGCUCCCCGGUGCCACCUGCUACCCACUCUCCCUUCUGUGCUUCUAGCUCCUGCCUGCCACCCUGCAUUGCUGUCUAUCAGAGGCUGGCAGGAGGCUCCUUGGAAUAUACUGGCUGCCAGCCCUGGCCCCGGGGACUAUCGACUAGUCAGUCAUGUAAUGAUAAGAUUUCAUGUGUUUACACGACUGUUCAAUUACAGGAUAUUUAACAUCCUUAGUGUUUACCUGGCUUCAUGCCCCCACUGCUUCAAUUGGUUGUGAUUCCAGUCAAUGGGAGCAGCAGGGAAAGCUUCCAGAAAAGUUAAAUGUCUUCAGAAGAUAAGGAAGCUCAGGAGGAUGAGCUGCUGGCAUUAGCUAGUAUUUAUGAUGAAGAUGAAUUUAAGAGGGCAGACUCUGCCCAAGGAGGAGAAACAAGAAUUUGUCUGGAGUUGCCCCAAAAUUUCAAAAUAUUUGUGAGUGGCAGUCCCACAGAGUGUCUCCAGAAGAAUGGGUUUGAAUACACAAUUUGCUUUCUGCCUCCACUUGUGUUGAAUUUUGAACUCCCAUCAGACUACCCAUCAGCCUCUCCGCCUGUGUUCACACUCAGCGGUAACUGGCUCUCCCGGACCCAGCUUACUGCACUAUGCAAGCACUUAGACAACUUGUGGGAAGAGAACAGAGGCUGUGUGGUAUUGUUUGCCUGGAUGCAGUUUCUUAAAGAGGAAACACUAGCUUACCUGAACAUCACCUCUCCGUAUGAACUAAAAAUAUGCCACCAAGAAAAUGGGCAAAGCAGGACACCUCUGUUUCCUCAGAACUCUGAGCUGGAUAGUUGUGGUGCAGCAAGUGGUACGACAACACAAGAGGAAAUCCUUGAUGAAAGAGCUAUACAGGAUGUGGAGUCUCUGUCAAGUCUGAUAAGGGAAAUCUUUGAUUUUGAUCAGGCUCAGCAGAAAAAAUGCUUUAACAGUAAGAUGUUCUUGUGCAGCAUCUGCUUUUCUGAGAAGCUGGGUAGUGAGUGUAUGUACUUCAUGGAAUGCAGGCAUAUAUACUGCAAAUCCUGUUUAAAGGACUACUUUGAAAUUCAGAUCAGGGAUGGUCAGGUCCACUGCCUCAGCUGUCCAGAACCAAAAUGUUCUUCUGUUGCUACUCCAGGCCAGGUUAAGGAACUGGUUGGAGAGGAGUUGUUUGCACGUUAUGACCGUCUACUUCUGCAGUCCAGCUUGGACUUGAUGGCAGACGUGGUAUAUUGUCCUCGUCCAUGCUGUCAGACGCCAGUGAUGCAAGAGCCAAGUUGCACCAUGGGCAUAUGUUCCAGCUGCAACCAUGCCUUCUGUACCCUCUGUAGAAUGACUUACCAUGGAGUCUCUCCAUGUAAAGUCACUGCAGAAAAGCUAAUGGAUUUGCGUAAUGAGUACCUAGAAGCAGAUGGGGACACAAAAAUAUUUUUGGAGCAGCGCUAUGGCAAAAGAGUGAUUCAGAAAGCCCUUGAGGAGAUGGAAAGCAAAGAAUGGCUAGAAAAGAACUCAAAGGCCUGCCCUUGUUGUGGCACUCCUAUAGAAAAACUAGAUGGUUGUAACAAGAUGACAUGCACUGGCUGCAGGCAGUACUUCUGCUGGCUUUGUAUGGGUUCUCUGUCUAGGAUGAACCCAUACAGGCACUUCAAUGACCCAUCCUCCCCCUGCUUUAACCGGUAUGUAUUCACAAUAUAUGUCCUCAGAUACAAUAGAAACUCCAUAUAUGUAGCAUUUUCUUGCAAGCUCUCCCAUAAUUAUAUAGUUAAUUACAAAGUUAAAAUAAAAAUGAGAAAAUUUGAGGUGUGGGUAAAGAUAAAAAAAAUUGUCAGAUGGGAUUUGGAAUAUCUCUUUUGAGAGAUUUUUUUUCUAUUAGAACUGUUCAUUUUCAUGAAUAGGUGCUCAGUCUGAUAUAAAUACUUAGAUAAAAAAGCUGCUGUAAAUUUUAGGAGCUGCAGAACUGGAAGUUAACAUAGGGAUUGUGUGGAAGAAUAGAGAUUAUUGCUACUUGGGUAGAUGGAAAGAGAAUUGGAUGAGAGAAGUAUAAUAGUGUGAAAACGUAAUUUGCUGACUUGUAUUUUGUGCCUUAGAAUAUUUUGCUAAUCAAGCAGAAUCAAAGAAUCUUUGAAAAUAUAUUCCAUUCUCAAAUCUUUCUGUGCAUGUGUAAUGUGCCCAUUACUGUCCUACAUAGGUGUCAUAUCAAAUUAAUACUAAGACAGUAUUUUUCACCUCUCCAUUGCUGAUACUGCUUUCUUUAGUGGAUGUGUUCAGAUACUUUUAUUUCCAGAGAAAAUGUUGCUGGUCAUUGUGAAGUCAUUUUCAAAGUCAAUGCUUUGCAAAUAGGCCAUGUUGUGCAUUCUGCUGUGAAGGCAACAGACUUGGAGUCUUCCUAAACUCUGGUGGUAGGAAUUUCCUAGCAACAGGGGGUUAUCUGUAGAAGGCAUGACGACUUGAAAAUUUAGCUCUGGGUUUCAUCAGCCUUAACAAAAUCUUUGAUUCUAAUAGGUUUUGGCAAAGGAAACCAAUGUCUUGAGUUGUAGCCAGGCUCCCAGCUAUUGAAGGCUUUAAAGAUUAGCACCAGGAACUUGAGUCUUUUAUAUUAGACAUUUUAUUGAUGCGUCCAUGGCAGGGAAUAGGAGUCAGCACUUCUAAGAUCUGUUCCAUAUCCUCGAAUAAACGAAAGUCAGUAGUAAAAUUCAGGUACUCUCUGUGCCUCAAUUUGCCUACUGUAAAAUGGGGCAAGGAUCCAUCCGUAACUGGACUUUCUGAAUUGCAAUGACUGGCUGUUUCUCCAGCCUUGUUUCCUCUUCUCUUUGGUUUCACUCCACAACUGCCCUUCCUUACCCACCUUCCCUUCAACAUUCUAUCUCCCUUCCCUUUUCUUUCCAUUUAUCAUAUUCUCUCCGAACUUGAACCAACACCCCAAAAAUAAUUUAAUCAUUGAACUAAUUUGAUAUGUUUGCAGCAUCAUAUUUUCACUUUGCUUGUGUGACAUCUCGCUCACCUGUCCUUUUCUGCUUUGAUUGUAAACUCUCGGCAAAAGGUACUCUUUACUACUAUGGACAGUGUCUAGCACAAUGGGCUCUCUACUUCAGUUUGGUCCUAGGCCCUGCCAUAAUAAACAAUUAAAAAUAAUACUCUCAAGGAUCUUUAAAGGCCUAAUUAUCAUUGUGCUAUGUUUGUAUUACCAUAGUGCCUAUGAGCCCUGGUUGUGGACCAGGACACCAUUGCACAAGCACUGUUCAAGAAGCUGAAAAGUUCAAAUCAUAGUUUCAAAUUCAAGUUGUUGUUCACUGUUUCCUAACAAAUUCUGGCCUGUCUCACAGGUUGUUUCAAGCUAUGAAUGUUGAUGGUGACUUCUGGGAUGCUGAAGAUGAACACUAGUUAGCUUCUGUAUCACCUGAAGCUGAAGAAACCAGGAAUGAAUUUUUUCCACUUUUGUCAAGUUUGUUUGCUUUCAUAUGAUAUGUUACCACUCUUAUCAUGCUGCAGGCUGCUUAUACAAAUAACUAUUUGGAUGCCAUUGCCACAAAGGAAAUCAUUUUCCUCCUCUUACCUACAUAUUCAAUGCUAGAUAGAGUGAAUAAACUGUCAUCCAAAGGCUUAAAAAUAAUCUAGGAAACGUAAUACCAUAACGUACCCCCUUUUUCAGAAACAUCUUAAAAAUCUCUGUUUGGGAAUUUCUCCAGGAAGUUUGACCUUGCAAGGAUUUCUGGAGUCCAUCCUGGGGAGUAAUCUUUUCUCUGACUGAGGUGGCCUUGAUAUGCUCUCUCUGGAGUACUUUGGUGAAGCUGCUAGUGUUCGUUGCAGGAAGACUUAUCAAAUGUAGCUUAAGAAUUUUCCCCCUCCCUCAGAAACUGAGUCAGUUGUUUUCAUAGCAGUUCUUGACCUGGAUCCAAACUGAUUUUUCGGCGGUAGUUCACUGGUCUAGUACUGACACACUUCAUUGGGGGUGAGGGGUUAGAGAUUUAUAAAUUGCUGAAUGUUUGCAUCCCAUUCCUCCUUCUCCCCACCUCUACAAAGUGGAUCUAAUGUUUGGAUCUUGUGUAGAAAGUUCCUGACAAACAUUUUCUAUUUUCAUAAGUAUUGCUAUUCAAUUUCAAUAAUUGAUUUCCGUGUUUCUAUCAGACCUUAACAUGGAAUGAAUUUGUGGUUUAGUGAUUAUUUUCAUUAUGAUGGAUAUUAAAACAAUCUGUUUAAUGUGCAUCCUAUCUGAAAUUCUGGGCAGUAUUUCUUGACUCAAAUAUUAAGAAAAUUGACCUCAGACACUGAACUGAAAUUUUACAGGUGCAUAGUCAAGUGAGACUUGAAUCCCUUAGCUGAUGUUUUUCCUUCCCAGUUUCUAAAGUUAGUAGAACAUUUUGUGAAAUGGUGUCUUCUGGCCAAAAAAAACCACAACACAAAUGGCUGGGACGAAUGUGUGACCCUGACCUAGGGUCAUUCUGUCAUUAUAUUUCCCCAUGAAAGUUAUUGGGAAAACAAGUCUGCCUACCCUGAUAGUUUCACAAGCAGUCUCAGACAUGAGAGCAAUGUGUGUGGACUAGAUUUUUAGAAAUAUUUUUCAUCUGUAAGAUGGGCUAGAAAACAGCUGCUUUGACUUUUUAAUGAAAAUAAUCUUGUUUAAAAUAAGACAGCAGAGCCUGAAUGGCUCUGGAGCUAGAUGAUAAUAGUGGUCAAGGUCAAUUCUUCAUAUGUAGUUUUGGUUGUUAGUAAAUCUUUACUCAGAUGUCUGUAUAGCUGAACUAAGUGAAAGGUUUAAUCCAUUUCUAGAAAGGACAAAGAUCGCUGUUACACAACUCCUUGUGAUGGUUGGUAGCCUGAGAGAGAUCAAAGAUAGCAUAGGGACAGAUUCCCCUUGCUUAGAACUGAACAGCCUUAAUGUUGGUAGAGGGUAGGAGAAGCUUGGUCACUACUGUGUGUGGAUUGUUUAAGUUGCAUUCCAGCACCUUUUACAUACACUAACUUCACUUUUGAAAAGAAAUUCAAUUCUCUGCACAUUUCUCUAUUAUGGAAUGUAUAUCAGCACAUAAAUUAUUCUGCUUCUAUGCAGCAACUGUGGUGAUCACUGCAACUGAUAAAUUUGCUUAGCUGUUUGCAAUAAGGUAUAUUACAAUAGUAGUACCCAGCCCUUGUGCAUACCCAGCUACGUGGUAGGAGAUCUUGGAUUUUCACCCAUUCACAAAAUUCACUCUUUUUAAAAAACCAACCACAUUGCAGGGUUUUUCUUUUAAAAGAUUGUGUUUGGAUAGGCUGCAUGCUAGCUCUGUAUUAUUUUGCUCUGAUAACUAUUUAAAUAUAAUGAUCGAGAAUUCAAAGCGUAAAGUUAAUUCAGCUGAAGCUUUCCUAUUUAAGCACUUUCUGGAAUGUGCUUGUUUAUCAUUCAAAAAGGUUUUUAAAAAAAUGGAUUAUGCAUACAGAAACAGGUUAGAGUGUCUGCUUCCUCAUCUCUCAUUCUACCUGUGUUAGCUUUGCAGAAAUAACCAUGAGAUGUUAUGAUGCAGUAAAAAGAUUGGUUAUGAUUUUAUCCUUUAAAAUUACAUGGUUCAAAAGAAUCCUAUUCUCUUAGCUUUGUAAAAAGGUUGUAAAUCCUGUAUUACCAAGAUGAAUGUAAGAUGGAGAUGAAUAAAAGUUAUUAAAAUUUA